GUUAGCAUUGCACAGGCUGUCCUUGAUCGGAUCUUUCUUUUAUUCUUGAGAACCAUAUGUGAUAUUAUGAAUUUAGGUGACAUAACCAUCGGGCCAGCUAGUGAUGACACUCAUCUAUCAAAUUACGGAUUCAUUAUCGCGUACGAACGUACCUCCCUAGAAGUCUCUUUACCCAUAAAAAUUCUUCAAUUAAGCACCCAUCGUUCAGGUAGCUCUCUCAUAUGUCACUCAUAUCAGGUAUCCCGUCGUCCUACACCAUCUCAAGAACCUUAUUGUACAUCCACCUCAUAG